AUGUCGUGGGUACAUAUACUUGUUUUGGUAACGAGUUGUGUUUUCUUGGGUUGGCCCUGGUCUACUUUCAUAGAACCUCCAUCUAAAGAUGAUUUCUACAUUCCCCCGGAAGGAUUUGAAUACUCAAACCUUGGCGAUAUACUAAAUGUUAGGAUGGUAAUUAACCAGAUUGGUAAUGUGUUCCCAGCAGGUGUUAAAAACAUUUGGCAAGUAUUAGUUAGAUCACAAGAUUCUUUUGAAAACCCGAAUGCAAUUGUCACAACCAUAGUUGAACCAUAUAAUGCUGACCCAACAAAAAUAGUUUCCUAUCAAACAUUUGAAGAUGCCGCAAAUAUAAACUGUUCUCCUUCUUAUACAUUACGUUAUGGAACAACCCCAACAAUCGCGACCUUUGUGGAAAUGCAAAUGAUAUCGAUGAUUUUAGAGAGUGGUUACUACUUGGUAAUCCCAGAUUAUGAAGGUCCCAAAUCGGCAUUUGCUGUUGGAGGACAAUCAUCCAAUGCAAUUCUUGAUUCUAUUAGAGCUGUCGUCUGGUAA